AUGCACGACUCACUGGACAGCCGCCUGACAAUGGACGACUUGCUGCACACCGCCCGAAUCGCUGAUAUCACCGGCUUCACGCCGCCGCCAGUCGUCCUGGCGCAACUUCGAAACCUAGUGCAGUCUUCGGGCCCAGAGCCAGCCAAAGCCACAGCCGAGCCGUUGCUAUCGGCGUACGGGUGCGACCUGGCGGCUCUGCUUGACAUGUUCCAGGCCAUGGACAUCACUCCCUCAAUAACCUGGAUGGAUCACGCGACACCGCCGUACAUGAGGAUGACUCAGCAUCCACCGUACGAAACUGCCGCUACCCGAUGGCCAUCGUCAUCGUGGCCGUCGCAGCAGGAUGUCGCCCGCGUGGUGGGUCCAGGUGCCAGGCUUCCGCCGGCCGUCAUUCAAGGAGAGCUACGGGCGCUGGAGGCGGCCGUCAUCCGCAAGACGAUCAAUGGCGGCAGCGGCAGCCGCGGUGGCAGCCGCGGUGGCUUGAAGAACCCCACCAGAAAUCUUGGCAACGACGCUAGCACCGCCGCUGCCGUGGCUGCUCUCAAUGCGGCCUUCUCGCUCCCUUCCGCGUCGGGCUCCGACGGGCUCGGUGAACCAUCUUCUUCGCCCACAACAUCGUUGCCGUCCUCUACCGCCUCCUCCAUUGCCUCUUCGUCCGGCUCUCUAUCACUCCCGGCGACCACCAUCCCCCCAUUUCCACCACCUUUUGGCGGCAGUGCAACAACGUCGCCGCCUCCGCUGCCUUCGCGGUUAAAUGGUGACCGGCGGCGCAUCUCGCCGUACGGUGCGUACUUGGCUCUUUGGGCUUUUCAUCACUACCGCUAUAUUCCUCACGCCACGAUUGCACGCGUCGUCGGGCCGGCGCUCCUUGCCGCCGUUCUUGAUGCUGGCGUGGGCGGCGGUCGUGGGCUCGGGCCCCGUCAACGUUGCCGUAUCGUACGUUCCAUACUGAUGUGUUUUGGUUCCGUACCGCCGCAUCUCCUGGCGCGGUACGACUGGUCAUCGCUGUUUCGCGGGUGGGAGACGCUGGGGGCGGCGGAGCUGUUGCCGCUGCUGCAGGACGUGGCGGCGCUGGCGCGACGGCAGCGACGACGGCAGCGCGGCAACGGACUUGCUCCUGACGCUGCCAUGGCCGACGGCGGCAGCAACGGCGGUGGCCGAUCGCAGCUCCUGCGGCUGUCUCACCUUGUUGCGCAUGUCGUACAGUUGCCGGGAUGGCAGCGGCGACUGGAGAAUGUGAGCCUUUCAGACGCCAUUGCCUCGCUGGCAGGCCUGCUUACCGUACUUAGCAGUGACGCAGCUGACGCCGACGAAGGCGUCGAUGCCGCUGCCAAGGAAACGGAGCUCGAUACGGCGGCAGCCGCGGAACUUGGCCACGUCGACAUCGACGGCGGCGAUGGCGGCGGCGGCAGUGUCGACGGCGACGGGGUCAGGAGCCUCGAGGACGGCGGCGAUGACGUCUCCGACCUCUCCAGGAAGGCAAUCUUGGCGUCGCCCUUCGCACAAGGCGUGCUAGCAAGCUGGCUGGGCUUGGUGUUACCGACUAUUCAGCUUCAAGGCUCGCAACCCAGACACGGAACGCAUGGCGUAGACGGCGAUACCGCCGCUGGCGGUGUGACGGACGCGGAGCUGUCGCGCCCAACGGGUUACGUGGCCGUAGCGGCUGCGGGUGCUGAGAUCAACAGCGGCGGCGGCGGCGCCGAUCGACGGUCGAUGUCAUGGCUGCCGCCGCCGAUGCCGGCGGCGGCGACGGCUCUGACGCCAACGUUGCCGCCACCGCUGCUCACAGCGCGCGAGCUGACGGCAGCGCUGACUGUGCUCCGUGACACCGCGACGGCACUGGACCCCAGGGAGCAGCCGGUGUUCCACCGUACUUUGAUGUGGGCGAUGCAGCGGCUGGGUUCGCGCGCCGGGCGGUGCACCUUGGAACCGGAGACCUUCAGCUCUGUGCCGGACAUGCUCGUGCGGGUGGAUGCGCUGGGCUGGGUCGACGUACCGAUCGUGUGGGCGCACGCCGUCGUCCAGCAUCCCGAUGCCGAGGGCUUAUGGUUUCGGAAUCUGCCCUGGCACGGGGCCUUGCGUGCCGUACUGGUUUCGGGAAAGCUCGUAAUCCGUGCUCGGGCUGAGGUGCUGCGCCAACACGGCGCUAACGCCGCCGCCGCCACCGCCGCCAUCACCGAGUUUAUAUCCCCACAGUCCGAAGAGCGCCCGCAUCUGCAGCAACCCGCCGUGAGUGGAGGGCCCUCUGCUCGAGUGCCGAGCUCAGACCGCCGUACUGAUGCCACCGAGCCGCAGCCGCAGCCGCCACCUUCCAAAGCAACUGCAUUGCUGGCUGCAGCACAGCGGCUCCGGAGCCAUCUCGUGGGCCUCCUGGCCGCGCGUACAGCGUCAUGCAGCGGAUCUGAGCUGCGGCAACUGGCACUGACAUGGCAGGUGUACGGCAUGCCGUACGACCAGGACGCGUUGGCUGUGACGCUGCGUGCACUGACGGCGGCGGCGGCGGCAGCUGCUGGCGGCUGCAUUGGUGUGGAUGCUGCGAGGGUGACGGCGAAUGCGGCGGCUGUCAGCCGCGAGUCCAUUCUUGACGCGGCGUCCCGUCUUGAGAUGAUGUGUGAGGCGCAUCAGGUGCCGAGGGAUGAGGUGGAGCAUCUGUUUGGGCCGCUGCGGGCAUAUGGCCUGUGA